AUAUAAUGAUAAUAAAAAAUUCAAUAUAGGUUUUUAUUAAAUGAAAAAAAGUAUUUAAAAACCAAUCAUAUCCAAGAGUCUAGGAUAAGAAGUUGACUCUGAACUCCGGGGUCUAACUGAGUCAAGUAUAAUUCGAAUUUUCUUUUUAUCUGCGAGCGAGAGAAAAGCAUUUCGGAAUGAGAUUUGGUUAUCUUCAUAGUUUUGUUACAACGUUAGUAAAAACGCGUCAAUCAUCAAAACAUUUUUGUACUUUCUAUUGCAAUGUUAAGACGAAAGCAGUUCCGGCAGUUGAUUUAUUUUUUAAUAAACGAGUACAAACUACGUUGCAACCAUUCUGUCGCGUAAAAACACGCUAUUCUUUUAUCACUCGUUCAAAAAAGACCUUUACUUUAUCCGUAAAUAACUUGCCUAAAAUUUCGGAUAAACCGCAAAACGAUAAUUUAUACAAAGGACCAGAAUGGGAUAGUACAGUUGGUAAGGCAGUGAGACUUGCUCAACUUGAAUAUCCAGAAUGCAUUAUUUUAACACGCGUUGGUUCUUUUUGGGAGUUAUAUUUCGAGCAAGCCACGAGAAUUGCGCCGCUUUUAGAUAUCAAACUGACUAAAAAGAAAUUUGGUCAAGAAUAUAUGCCUUUUGCAGGUUUUCCACUCCAACAUCUUGAUAGAUAUCUUACAACAUUGGUUAAUGAUCAUGGUUUCGCAGUAGCUAUUUGUGAGGAGUUUCUCAACGACAAUAAUGAUGAAAAAAUUAAAUUCAAGCGUCGUGUUACGCGUAUAAUUACUCCCGGAACACUUAUUGAUGAAAGUUUUUUACAACAGGAUAAAAAUAAUUUUUUACUUGCGAUUUCAUUAGACGAAAAAACAAAUCAUGUUGGAUUAGCAUGGAUUGACAUAACAACCGGUCAGUUUUUCAUGGCAAUGUGCGGAUUAGGAUCGCUAUCCGACGACUUGGCACGUAUUCGACCUAGUGAAAUUGUUCUAAGUGAACAAUUUAAAGUAAAUAAAGAACAUCUUAUAUGGCAACAAUUGACUCAUGAAAAGUAUGCUUUUGCAUACGAGUCAACCAAGUCUUUUGAUGCUACCAUACCUCAACCAUGGCAAUCUGAUUUGCAAUACAAAGGUGGAAUCGAAGAAGUCUUUUCCGGAGUUGAAAUACAAGCUAGUGCAGCUUUACAUAGAUAUAUUAGCAAAAACCUAAUUGAAAGAUUUCCUAAAAUCCAACUUCCAAUAAGAAUCAAUCCGGAAAAUACAAUGAUCAUUGAUGAAACAGCUUUGCGAUCACUGGAAGUUAUAACAUCAAUUCGUAAUAAUUCUAAAAAAGGGAGUUUAGUUCAUGCUAUUGAGAGAACAAAAACAAAAUCCGGCGCAAGAGCUCUCGAUCAAUGGCUACGCUUCCCAACAACGUCAUUAAGUGAAAUUAAUAAGCGUUUAAGUAUUGUGGAAUACUUUUAUCACAAUACACAUCUCACUGGUGACAUUCGACAAAUUUUGCAAGAAGUUGAUGAUGCACAAAGAACUUCACAAAAAAUUUCUUUUGAUUAUUGUGGACCUGAUGAUUUCAUUAAACUUAAGCGAACAUUUGAGGCUAUGGGAAUGAUAAAAAUGCGUCUACAAGAAGAAUUAAAAUUAAUGUCAAGUUCUAGUUUAGAAGCACUUGUUGAGCGUUUACAAUCUCAAGGUGAUAUAAUACAAAUAAUAACUGAAGCUAUAGAUGAGGACGCACUAUUAAGAAAUAAAGAAAUACCUGUUAAAUCAGGAUUAGCUAUUGAUGAUAUUAAUUCAGAAAUUGAAGGUGUGGCAACUGAGUUUUCAAGCAAUGAAGAUAAAGGAGUAGAAUUAGAUAAUAAAGGAAAGAACAAAAAUUUUAAUAAAAAAAGGAAAGAUAAGAGAAAUACAAUAAAAAAAGAUGAUAAAAAAUCUGCUGAUAUAAAUUUUGAAGAGGUGCAAGAUCUCAUCAAAGCAGAUAAUUGGAUUAUUAAGAAAAGUUUUUCGGAUGAAAUAAUGAGUCUUCAUAAUCAGCUUGAAGCUCUAUACUUUGAUAUGAUAAAACUCCGAAAACGAUGGCAAACUGAACUAAAAUCACCAUCAUUAGAGCUACGAUCACAUCCAAGUUUUGGAUUCAUUGUAGUUGUUAAACGAAAAAAUAAUUGUAAUUUAGAGCAAGCUCUAAAUGCAACUCGUAUUCAGCAUUUUAAAUCUAAGAAAUGGUUUAUUGUUCAGACAUGGACACAUCUCGGAGGUAAAAUUGAAGGAAUAAAAUCGAAGAUACGUGGAACUGAACUGAAUUCAUUUCAGAUUAUUAGAAAUAAGAUUUCUGAUAAUUGGAAUGUAACAAUUCGUAAUACGACUGUAAUUGAUGAAAUCGAUAUUGCAUCAUCUUUGGCAGCUUUAGCCAGAGAACAAAACUUUGUUCGACCUAUUAUGAAUAACAGUAAUAUUCAUAAAAUCGUUGGUGGCCGUCAUCCCAUUGUUGAAUCCGGACUUCAGAUGAAAGAACGUCCAUUUACGAAAAACGAUUGUUGUGUCGGAGAUAAAGAGCGAGUUUUAUUAUUGACAGGUCCAAAUAUGGGAGGAAAGAGUACAUUUCUGAGACAAAAUGCGAUUAUUUCAAUUCUGGCACAAAUUGGUUCAUUUGUUCCAGCUGAUUAUGCAGAAAUUGGUAUCGUGGAUCGAAUAUUUAGCAGAGUUGGUGCUUCUGAUAAUUUGUAUGGUGACCAAUCAACAUUUAUGGUCGAAAUGAUCGAAACUGCAAAUAUUCUUAAACAUGCUACGUCUAAGUCAUUUGUAAUUAUGGAUGAAAUUGGUCGAGGAACGGCAAUUUUAGAUGGAAUUGCUAUAUCUUACGCAACUUUGCAUCAACUACAUUAUGUAAAUAAAUGUCGAACUUUGUUUGCGACACAUUUUCACGAAUUAGCGAAUAUGACAAAUCAUUUUGAGCAUGUUGCUUAUUAUUGUACUGAUAUUAAGGAAAUUGAGAACGGAAGUUUUCAUUAUCUUCACAAAGUAAGGAGAGGAGUAAACCAAAAUUCGGCAGCAAUCAAAACUGCAAGAUUAGCAGGAAUGCCAAAUUCUGUAUUGGAUGUUGCAAAGAAUACUUUGCGUUCUUUACGGCUUUAUAACAAAUUCGUAGAUUUAGAUGCUAAUAUUAUUCGGAAUUUUAAUUUAAUAGAGUCUUGAAGUUUCUGCUACAAAUAAAUAAAAAUAAAUGUCACUCGUAAAAAAAAUUCCUGAUUAAUGCCGUUUUUAGGUAGAUCAGCGAUUACAAAUUUAAAAUAAUCGCU